AUGUCGGCAUUCCCAGGCCGUAACGCAAGACGACCGCCCGCGCCGGCCCAGCGCCCAGCCCUCACAGACGAGCAGCGCACCGAGGUCCGCGAGGCGUUCGAGCUGUUCGAUACCGACAAGGACGGCUUUAUUGAUUUCCACGAGCUCAAGGUCGCCAUGCGCGCGCUUGGGUUCAACCUCCGCAAGCCAGAGGUGCUCAAGCUGCUGCGUGAUCAUGAUCGUGGGGACGGGUUGAUGAACCUGGCGGAUUUUGAAAAGAUCAUGACGGAAAAGAUCCUCGCACGCGACCCGAUGGAGGAGCUGCGACGCGCCUUCUCCCUCUUUGACGACGACAACACGGGCAAGAUCAGCCUCAAGAACCUGCGCCGCGUGGCCAAGGAGCUCGGCGAGCACCUGGGAGACGAGGAGCUCCAGGCCAUGAUUGAGGAGUUUGACAUGGACGGCGACGGCGAGAUCAGCCAGGAAGAGUUUAUCGCCAUCAUGCUCGACGGCGAGUAG